AUGCUGAACAAGGUCAUUUUAGUGUGCGCCCUUUUCACCGCUGCAGGCUCCUCCCUGACCUGCAGAUGGAUGGACAACCAUUUUAAACAAUACAGCGAGAGCUCAUUGGAUCUGCUGAAAACAAUGAAAAACGAUUCCUUAAACUCCACUGAUGUUGAAUUGGAUGAUGCUGCGGCCUUCCCGAAUGAGUUGUACAGACACGCGUCCAGAGAGUCGCGGAGAGAACGACUCAGUUUCGCGGCGCACGUCUUGAAUGAGAUUUACGCGCUCUUUGAGGAGGACCAGACACACGCGCCUUGGAGUGCGCGCGUCGUGGAGGACUUCAGAGACAUCAUUGAGCAACAGGCAAAUGGUGUGGGCUCAUGUGUUCAGAUUGGAAAGCACACUCACCACAGGAAAAAUCACAGAAAGAUGACCAUGUAUUUUAAGAAACUUUCGCGACACGUCUUGGCUCAUAUGAGACACAGCGCUGACGCCUGGGAGCUGGUCCGAGCAGAAGUCCGUCUGCACCUCCACAGAGUCUACCUUCUGGCUACCUCUUAA